AGCGCCCUCCUCUGUUCUCCCCAGCCGCUCCAAAAACCCUCCUUCUCUUCCCCACAUCCCGAGUCCGCCACCAUGACGACCCGUUUCAAGAAGAACAGAAAGAAGAGGGGCCACGUCAGCGCCGGCCACGGAAGGAUCGGCAAGCACCGCAAGCAUCCCGGAGGAAGAGGUAACGCCGGAGGCAUGCACCACCACAGGAUACUAUUCGACAAGUACCAUCCGGGUUACUUCGGGAAAGUUGGUAUGAGGUACUUCCACAAGCUCCGUAACAAAUUCCAUUGCCCCAUUGUCAACAUCGAUAAGCUCUGGUCUUUGGUUCCUCAAGAAGCUAAGGACAAAGCUACCAAGGACAACGUCCCUUUGAUUGAUGUCACCCAGUUCGGAUACUUUAAGGUUUUGGGUAAGGGAGUUUUGCCUGAAAAUCAACCUGUUGUUGUUAAGGCCAAGCUCGUUUCCAAGACUGCUGAGAAGAAGAUUAAGGAAGCUGGUGGGGCUGUUGUUCUCACUGCUUAGGUUGUUUUGCUUCUUGGAUUUACUAAGUCUGAGGUUUUAUUAGUAGUAUUAUAAUUUGGCACUUUUUUGGAUUUACCCCUUAAAUUUUGUUGCUAUGAAAUGAAUGUUAUUGGACCCUUUUUAUGGAUGUUUUUAAUGUUAUUCAGCAGAUUAAUUUCAGCACUA